AAAUUUUCCACGGGCUGUGACAUCUUUUGCAAUUUCUUCCUCUCCCAAGUCAUCAUUUCUACUGCUUUCUCCUGCUUGAUUCUAGGAAUGACUCAGAGGCAUCAAGCAAAUACUUCAGUCCCAAGUGAUCCAGAUGAGGAAGGGAUCUUGGGACCAGGUUGUGGAUUGCAGCCAGCGAGAGAUUUUGACCCGAACAAGGCUGAAAAGUCAGAGACACGCCACGUCCCCAAGCCCAAGAAUGAACGAGGAUUGCAGAAGAUUGUCAGGAAUUUCACUCCUUCGUGGUUCUCGGUGACCAUGGGUACUGGAAUCGUCUCGAUACUCCUACAUAAUCUACCUUACAAUGGGGACUGGCUUUACUGGAUCUCGGUCGUAAUCUUUGCUUUGAAUGUAGCGUUGUUCAUUCUAUUUACUUUCAUCUCAAUUGUGCGGUACACAGUAUAUCCUGAGAUAUGGCUUGCGAUGAUUCGACAUCCUGCCCAGAGCCUCUUCAUAGGCACCUUCCCAAUGGGUCUUGCUACGAUCAUCAACAUGAUCGUGUUUGUAUGCGUGCCAGCUUGGGGGUACAGAUUCGUUCAAUUGGCGUGGGGAUUGUGGUGGAUAGAUGUUAUCAUCUCUUUAGCAUGCUGUUUCUACAUGCCCUUCGUCAUAAUGUACGUCCAUAGAAAUCAGCUCUUGUCGAUGACAGCAGUCUGGCUGCUACCGAUCGUAGCUCCUAUAGUUGCUUCCGCGUCUGGCUCGAUCGUAGCCUCUGUUCUUCCCAAUCCGCAGCAUGCUCUGUGGACUAUCAUCAUAUCUUACAUCCUCUGGGGCACUGGUGUACCACUCGCCAUGGCUGUCCUCGUCAUAUAUUUCCAACGACUCACUCUACACGCCCUUCCCCCACGAGAAGUGAUCGUCUCAGUUUUCCUUCCUUUAGGCCCGCUCGGCCAAGGCGGAUUUGCCAUCAUGAAUCUUGGUUCUGUGGCCGUCGAAGUAUUUGUCGAGACAGGAACACUGCAAUCGUCGACAACGAAUUCUGCUGAUAUCUUGUAUGUCCUGGGAUGGUUAGUCGCCACGAUCAUGUGGGGAUCUGGGCUCGUUUGGCUAUUCUUUGCUGUAGCAAGCAUAACGAGGAGCAAAUUUCCUUUCAAUAUGGGGUGGUGGGGAUUUACUUUCCCGCUUGGUGUGUUCACCACGAGCACGACGCAGAUGGCCAAGGAGCUGCCAUCUACUUUCUUCAAGGUUUUGGGAACUAUCUUCUCGGUGGCUGUAACAUUACUUUGGAUCAUGGUUGCUGCUCGGACAAUGAAGAGAGCUGCGACAGGGGAGAUAUUCUUCGCUCCUUGCUUGAAGGACUUGGAGGGGAAGAAAGCAGAAGCUGAGAGUAAUUGUCCAGAGGAAAUACCUCCUGUGUAACAUGGAGGUUAUCCAGUGAAAAACGUGUGUCGGCAACACGUUGGACAAUGAUGAGAUAUUGCCCCCCUUGAGGUAAGGAGGCAGUCCCUGCUGUAUUGCCCUGCCACUAUCCAUCUCCUUCCAAACACACACCUGAAAUCACAAGCUAGACAGCUCAGGCAACGAGUGGCGAAUACAAUAUUUUUUCC